UGAAGCCGCCUCCCCCGCGCCCAACUCGCAGCCCACACAUCAUCUUUGCGGGCAGCCCGGAGCCUGCCUGGGUGCCCCGGGCGGUGAAUUCCCGGCCUGGAGGCCGCGGCGCGGCAGGGUCCUCCCGGGCAGGGCUCUGCCGCGGCUGCGGGCGGUGUUCUGGGUGCGCACAGACCGCGUUCCCAGAGCGCAGGAAGGUAGGAGAGGCGCUCAGCCCUCUCCACUGAGAAAGGCACAAACUCCAGUUGUCUUCCAGUCAUUUCCAGAAUUUUAUCCCAGAGUCACAAAGAAAUACCUAAUACUUUCCUAGGAUGGCAUCCAUUGACCUGAGGUCAUUUACCGAAGGGACUGUGUUAAGCAUUCAUAACAUCUGCUAUCGAGAAAAAGUGAAGAGUGGCUCUCUACUUUGCCGGAGAACAUCUGAGAGAGAAAUAUUAACAAAUAUCAAUGGGAUCAUGAAACCUGGCCUUAAUGCUAUCAUGGAAUGCACAAGUGGAGACAAAUCUUUGUUGCUGGACGUCUUAGCUGCAAGGAAAGAUCCAAGUGGAUUAUCUGGAGAUAUUUUGAUCAAUGGAGCGCCUCGACCUGCCAAUUUCAAAUGUAAUUCAAGUUUUGUGGUUCAAGAUGAUAUCUUGCUGGACACCCUGACAGUGAGAGAAAACUUACAUUUCUCAGCAGCUCUUCGACUUCCAACAACUGUGACAAAACAUGAAAAAGAUGAACGGAUUAAGAAGGUCAUUGAUGCGUUAGAUCUGGAGGAAGUGGCUGAUUCCAAGAUCGAAAAGAAAGAAAAGACCAGUAUAGCAAUGGAGCUGAUCACUGAUCCUUCCAUCUUGUUCCUGGAUGAGCCGACAAAGGGUUUAGACUCGAGCACCGCAAAUGCUGUCUUUUUGCUCCUGAAAAAGAUUUCUGAGCAGGGACGAACAAUCAUCUUCUCCUUUCAUGAGCCUCAGAAUUCCAUCUUCAAGCUGUUCGACAGCCUCACCAUAUUGGCCUCAGGAAGGCUAAUGUUCCAUGGUCCGCAAGAAGCUUUGGAGUACUUUGCAUCAGCAGGUUACCAUUGUGAGCCCCACAACAACCCUUUAGACUUCUUCCAGGACAUCCUGAAUGGAUACUCCCCUGCUGUGGUAGUAAACAACGAGGAAGUCUGUGAAGCCCAUGAAACUGAACAGCUGUUAACGAGACAGUCCUCAGUGAUCAAAGGAUUAGCUCAGUUUUAUGCUGAAUCCCGCUUCUACAGAGAAACAGAAACGGAAUUAGAGAGACUUUCAGGUGUUGACAAUUACAGGAGGUCGGCCUUCAAGGAGAUCACCUAUGGCACCACCUUCUGCCACCAGGUCACAUGGAUUAUCUGGCGUUCGUUCAAAAACUGGCUGGGUCAUCUCCAGCCCUGGAUAGUUCAGAUAAUCAUCGCACUGAUACUGGGACUGGUGAUAGGUUUCGCUUUCCUUAGACUGAAAAAUGGUUGUACUGAAAUCCAGAAUAGAGCCUGGUCACUCUAUGUGCUGACUGUCUUCCAGUGUGUCACUAGUGUUUUAACCAGGGAGAUCUUCUUGAUGGAGAGGAAUCUUUUUAUGUGA